GAUGCUUUUACAAGGCAGGUCUUAAAUACACUGUAUUCCAACAAGUGUUGCCGUUACGUGUCUUCUUGUUGGUGCACAAUGUCCUAAAACUUCUAUAAUGCAUCAACUUCUCAUUGGAACACUGUUGUUGUUCGUGUAAGAUUGGACAUAAUAACCUGGCGAUGAAGCAUCACUUUGCAUUGCUGCUUUUUUUGUGGUUCUAUUCCAUGAUCCUGCUGCCGUUGGUACAAGUAUAUUAAUUCAGCAAGAAUCGACCGGGCUGGCGAUAGCUAGUGACAUCAGGCUAACCCCAAUCAGUGCCCUUUAUCCAGUUGAACGUGUUUUUUUUUUUUUUCCCUUGCGUCAUAACAACAUCCCCUUUUCUGCCGGAUUUUUUCAGUACAAAAAGUAUUACGUCCCAACGGCAGCCAUAAUUUAGAAAUGUGUACUGGUCCAGCGUCUGAAGGUGGAUAAUGGCCUAUCUGUGGCGUAGUGGCCGUCUGAUCAAUGUUAAUGUUAAACGCUGCGGUUCUGUUCCCACGCAAAGUACGCGAUCAAGACUGACCACUUCUGACAGCCAGUCAGUGGUCGAUACACACACAACUAUACUAAUGAAAUGCUUGUCAUCGCAUCAAUCACACAGAAUUAAGUAUUCCCUUUCCUUGUUAUCAGCUCCAUCUGUAAACCUCCCUUGCCUUACUGUACUGUAUUAAGCAUGUGUACAGAAUGUUAACAAAGAAAAUCUUCGGGGAAAUACAAAUGCUCGAGUAACGUAGCUUUGGCUUAUUUGUUUCUAAGGGAAAGUAAGUCCAUCAGUUUUGAAAUCAAAAAUUGAACUUUUAGCCUGGCAUUAUUGUUCUUGGGCAUGUUGUACAUUUGUAACUCUUGUUUUCCUUCUACCCGUUUAGCUGGUUCACAUCUAUCCUCUAAAAAAAAAAACAACAACAAAAACCAGGUGGAUUAACCGGAAGAACCAUGCCACCCCGGCCAUCCUCGGGAGAACUAUGGGGGAUGCACUUGAUGCCACCCAGCAUCAAAGUGGACUGCCUCCUGCCGAAUGGCAUGAUCCUCACGUUGGAGUGCCUCCGUGAGGCCACGCUAAUCACAGUGAAGCACGAGCUUUUCAAAGAAGCCCGGAAAUAUCCUCUCUACCAUCUACUGCAGGAGGAGAGCUCCUACAUCUUUGUCAGUGUCACCCAAGAGGCAGAACGAGAGGAGUUUUACGAUGAAACCAGGAGGCUAUGCGACCUUAGACUCUUCCAGGCCUUUCUCAAAGUCAUCGAGCCUGUCGGCAACAGAGAAGAAAAGAUUCUCAAUCGAGAAAUAGGUUUCGCUAUUGGGAUGCCCAUAUGUGAGUUUGAUUUGGUUAAAGAUCCGGAAGUGCAGGACUUCAGAAGGAACAUUUUAAAUGUUUGCAAAGAGGCAGUGGACCUUCGAGAUUGUAAUGGACCCCACAGUAGAGCUUUGUAUGUCUAUCCCCCGAACGUGGAAUCCUCAGCAGAAUUGCCCAGGCACAUCUAUAACAAACUAGAUAAAGGUCAAAUAAUUGUGGUAAUCUGGGUUAUUGUGUCACCCAGCAAUGAUAAGCAGAAGUACACUUUGAAGAUCAACCAUGACUGCGUGCCGGAGCAGGUUAUCGCCGAGGCCAUUCGCAAGAAGACGCGCAGCAUGCUGCUCUCCCAGGAGCAGUUAAAGAUGUGUGUGCAGGAGUAUCAAGGGAAGUACAUCCUCAAAGUCUGCGGUUGCGAUGAGUACUUACUGGAGAAAUACCCUCUGAGUCAGUACAAGUACGUGCGCAGCUGCAUCAUGUUGGGGCGAAUGCCCAACUUGAUGCUGAUGGCAAAAGACAGUCUGUAUUCCCAACUGCCCAUGGACAAUUUCACCAUGCCGUCAUACGCCAGACGAAUAUCCACAGCAACUCCUUACAUGAAUGGGGAAACAUCCACAAAGUCUCUCUGGACUAUCAACGGCGCACUCAGGAUUCGGGUGCUCUGUGCCACUUAUGUCAAUGUCAAUAUCAGAGACAUAGACAAGAUCUACGUCAGGACUGGGAUAUACCACGGUGGAGAGCAGCUGUGCGACAAUGUCAACACCCAGCGCGUGCCCUGUUCAAAUCCCCGGUGGAAUGAGUGGCUGAACUACGACAUGUACAUUCCAGACAUCCCGCGGGCUGCCCGCCUAUGCCUCUCCAUCUGUUCUGUUAAAGGCAGGAAGGGAGCAAAAGAGGAGCACUGUCCUCUGGCUUGGGGCAACAUCAACCUGUUUGACUACACCCACACACUCGUAGCAGGAAAGAUGGCGCUCAACCUCUGGCCCGUCCCACACGGCCUGGAAGAUCUGCUCAACCCCAUCGGUGUCUCGGGCUCAAACCCCAACAAGGAAACCCCUUGUCUGGAGUUGGAGUUUGACCAUUUUAGUUCUCCAGUAAAGUUCCCUGAUAUGACCAUCAUUGAGGAUCACGCCAACUGGAAUAUAUCUCGAGAGCUUGGCUUUAAUUACUGCCCCACAGGUUUGAGUAACAGAGUGGCCCGAGACAACUCCUUCACAGACAUCGACAAUGAGCAGCUUCGCCAAGUUUGUAACCGGGACCCGUUGUCUGAGAUCACUGAGCAGGAGAAAGACUUUUUAUGGAGGCAUAGACAUUAUUGUGUCAACAUGCCCGACAUCCUUCCCAAGAUUCUCCUUGCUGUGAAAUGGAACUCCAGAGAUGAGGUUGCACAAAUGUAUUGCCUUCUGAAGGAUUGGCCUGCGAUCAAGCCGGAACAAGCCAUGGAGUUGCUGGAUUGCAACUUUCCCGAUCCCAUGAUCCGAGAUUUUGCUGUCAAGUGCCUUGAGAAAUAUUUAACUGAUGACAAACUGUCACAGUACCUCAUUCAAUUGGUUCAGGUUCUAAAGUAUGAGCAGUACCUCGAUAAUCCACUCGGCCGUUUCCUGUUGAAAAAGGCUUUAACCAAUCAGAGGAUAGGACAUUUUUUCUUCUGGCAUUUGAAAUCAGAAAUGCACAAUAAGACAGUUAGCCAGAGGUUUGGACUCCUGCUGGAGUCGUACUGCCGGGCCUGCGGCAUGUACCUGAAGCACCUGAGCCGGCAGGUGGAGGCCAUGGAGAAACUCAUCAAUCUCACUGACCUCCUCAAACAGGAGAAAAAGGAUGAGGCGCAGAAGGUUCAAAUGAAGUUUCUGGUGGAGCAAAUGAGGAGGCCAGACUACAUGGAUGCACUGCAGAGCUUCACCUCCCCGCUCAACCCAGCACAUCAGCUGGGAAACCUCCGUCUGGAAGAAUGUCGGAUGAUGUCAUCUGCCAAGCGACCGCUGUGGCUUAAUUGGGAAAACCCAGAUAUGAUGUCAGAGCUCCUUUUUCAGAACAAUGAAAUCAUCUUCAAAAAUGGAGAUGAUCUGAGGCAGGAUAUGCUGACGCUGCAGAUCAUUAGGAUAAUGGAGAACAUCUGGCAGAACCAAGGCCUUGAUCUCAGGAUGCUCCCUUACGGUUGUCUGUCCAUUGGUGAUUGCGUUGGGUUGAUCGAGGUGGUGAGGAAUUCUCACACCAUCAUGCAGAUCCAGUGCAAAGGAGGCCUAAAGGGGGCGCUGCAGUUCAACAGCCACACUCUGCACCAGUGGCUCAAGGAUAAAAACAAGGGCGAGAUGUAUGACCAAGCCGUAGAUUUGUUCACACGAUCAUGCGCAGGCUAUUGUGUCGCCACAUUUAUCCUGGGGAUAGGGGAUAGACACAAUAGCAACAUCAUGGUUAAAGAUGAUGGACAGCUGUUCCACAUCGAUUUUGGCCAUUUCCUUGACCACAAAAAGAAGAAGUUUGGAUACAAGCGAGAGCGUGUGCCCUUUGUUCUGACGCAAGACUUCUUGAUCGUCAUAAGCAAAGGAACGCAGGAGUGCACCAAAACAAGAGAGUUUGAAAGGUUUCAGGAGAUGUGCUACAAGGCCUACCUGGCAAUCCGGCAGCACGCCAACCUCUUCAUCAACCUGUUUUCCAUGAUGCUGGGCUCAGGGAUGCCCGAGUUACAGUCAUUUGACGAUAUCGCUUACAUCCGGAAGACCUUGGCCCUGGACAAAACUGAGCAGGAGGCCCUCGACUAUUUCAUGAAGCAGAUGAACGACGCUCACCAUGGCGGCUGGACUACGAAAAUGGACUGGAUCUUCCACACCAUCCGCCAGCACGCCAUGAACUGAAGCGGCAAGCGAAAUAGUUGAGCGAACAGAAACAUUGACCAGAACGAGCUGCGCACUGAGAAUGCAAAAUGCAGUAGCGGCCAUGAAUUGCCACACUAAGACCUGGUUUCGUUUGCCAGCAUGUGACUCUGAACCAUUACCUGCCAGCGCAGUAUGAACAGGGGUGCUAAGAAGAGCCUUUAUCAGGGACACUAAAUGUUUUUUACACCCUUAGGAAUUUAUUUGUGGCUGCACUACAUGAACUUCUGAAGGCAUGGUGGAGUUGUAUUUCAUCAGUUUCCUCCAUAGGAACGAAAACAGUCUCAUGGACCUCGGGCACAUUCGGCCGUCUUCAUAAGAGCUAACGAGAUACACUUUUUUUGGGGGGGGGGGACAGACUUUGCCAAUGCAUUACGAGGAACAUCACUAUGAAGUUGUACAUCUUGAGCACAGCAGGCUUUUUUUUUUUUAAAAAUAAUAAUAGUAAUAAUAACAAUAAUCCUGGACAGCUGACAGGGGUCAUACUACAAAAUUUCCACUACCUAAUUUAAAACUAUGAACCAUUAAAAAAGAGGGGAUGAUAUUUGUUCAUAUGGAAGAAAGAAAAGGACACUGAGAAGCCGAUUGAGAUGACUCAUCACAAUCCUGAAAAAAGGAAGUAACGGUAUUCAGAGUACAAAUGGAAAAGCCGUGAGAGCAUUUAUUCGAUUCGGUACGGUCUUUGUCCUCACAAGUAUGACAAUUCAGCCAACUAGAAGAACAACUGGCUCAGUAGUAAUGUUUUUUUUUCCCACUGUUUCCUUUCACAACAGUAUAUUUCUGCACUCUAGCAGGACUACUUUGGUAUACUUGUAGGACAACUAGAUGACGCCAAUGAAGCAAACUCUGCACUAGUUGACACACACCGCCUUCCACAACAAUUCUGCACACUAGUAGGACAACGGCAUGUUACUAGUGGACAUAUUGAGACUACGAGUAGGGUCCAGGAGGAAGUUGGGCUUUGUACUGUUUCUAGUCCAGCACGGUAGGGUCCCUUGUAAAAUUGUUGGUUAAAAAAAAAAUUGCACUAGUUGUAGAGUUUUCUCCCCCUCUAAUAGAAAGACAUUUUGUUCUACUAGUGUGCUGAAUUGUCAAGUGAGGUCAAAAAGUAUACUAGUACAUGACCAUCAAACUGGGAAUCAAGAAGAUCAAAUAAAUUCUCAAACUGCUUUCCAUAAGUAUGAGACUGACUGAGAUAUUUGAAUAAUAGCAUUUAUUACCUGGACUUACCCGCCUUUGCUAAUUUGCUAACUUGUAGCAUACGGAUAUGUCCACCAUGUUUGAAGUCAUUACACCGUACUCUGUUGUUGUUGUUGUUUUUUUUUUUUUUUUUUGUUCAGCAGUAUAGUCCCAUUUCUGAGCCAAAGUGCGACAUGUGUUCACCCCUCUACUCGACAGUCUUAUUGUUUAUUUAAAAAAAAAAAAGAAGGCCCCCCCCCUCUCAUCUGGUCCAAUUGUCAUGUACUCAUCGCACUGAUUUCUGCAGUAUGUGUUUUGCGCGUGUCAUUUUAUCAGUAUUAUUGGGUCGGAGGGAAAAUGCGCAGAUUUGAACUCACCUCUUUGGCCACUUGGUAUAAAUUGGCCUGGCUUAAAAAGCAAAAAAGGGGAGAAAAAAGUGGUGUUCUUUUUAGUUGUUGUUGUAAUAUGCUGUUACACUAUGCAAAUUGUGAUCCUAAUAAGUACUGUAUUAUGCAAAAAUGACAAAAAAAAACAGUUGAUGUCACGAAAAAAGAAAGCAACUCCCCAACUGAAAAGUGUGCAAACUUUAUAAACCCAUUACACACGUGGAAGAAAAUAAUGCACAAAGCCGCACUGUAAGGAGACAAAAACUUGUUUUCCUGCCUUUUUAACCUUACUUAACAUCAGUCAGUUAUGCUCUUGUCUCCUUGCCGGCGCUUGUUGUCCUUUUUAACUUUCCAAGUGUCCUCCUUCCUAUGAUUGUCAUCUUAUACAGAAGAGGUACCUAGCUUUACCAAACGAUGCAUUUAUACACAUGCACUCACACACAGUAGUUUCCUGUUUUUUGUUUUUAUAAAUAGAGGAAGCCAGUCCUGGUCAAAUGCUUGGGCUGGACCCAUACGAACUGAGACCCCAUUCGCAUUUACUUUGUGGAGAAACAAUUCACAUUCUCCUAUGCUUUGUACGUUUUCUCCCUUUUUUUUUUUUUUGGUCACAUUGCUUUAUGUAUGAGGUCUGCGAGUAUUUUUUUAUUUUUUUUUUUGACCUGAUGCUGUUUACUUGAAUUUCAUGUAUAGAAAUGACCUUGUUACUUGUGAGGUACAACUAAGUCACAAUGAAGGUAACAGAACUGCUACUGCUACAUGUGCAAAUGUUUUUGUUUUUUUCCCUUGAAUAACUACAGAGGUAAUAUAUUUUUGUAUUUGAAAAAAUAUAUAUAAUCAAAGUCGUAUAUUAAAUUGCUAACCAAAAAGAAAAAAAAUGUCUAUCAUCUAACCCAGUAGACAGCUUGUAGUUGUGAAAUGAAAGACAAAAGUUGAGUGGAUGAAUGCACGGGUUGAUGAUGGCGUUCAUAAAGAGCACAAUGAGGAGGGGAAAAAAUACCCUGCAUGUU